AUGGCUUUGAUGGGAUUUGCUGAGCACCGGAGGUUACAGGACUGGUACAACCCAGGAUCAAUGGGCAAGCAGUACUUCUUGGGGCUAGAGAAAGGUUUUGCCGGUUCGGGUGACCCGUCUUACCCAGGUGGACCUUUCUUUAACCCUCUUGGGUUUGGGAAAGACGAGAAGUCAAUGAAGGAGUUGAAACUCAAGGAGGUCAAGAACGGUAGACUGGCUAUGCUUGCAAUCCUAGGCUAUUUUGUGCAGGGACUAGUGACUGGUGUGGGGCCUUACCAGAACCUUCUUGAUCAUUUGGCGGAUCCAGUCAACAACAAUGUCUUGACCAGCCUUAAGUUCCACUGA